UCGGACCGUCACGACGCGCCGCGAGCACCGUAGCUUCUCUAAUUAUACACGCCAGUGCUAGCCCACUACCUCUCAUACCCGAUGACCCACUGACAGUGAAUUGUGUUCUCAUACCGCUUGUUAAAAGUGACCACGUCCAUGAUCCGGCAAACGUACAAACUAUACCAAUCAUAAUAUGACAAAUAUUUUAUAAUUUAAAACUAAAUUCGUAUAAUAUUCUUCCAUAAGUAUUUGUGAAAUCUCAGUGUAAAAUAACUUUAUAUUUACAACAAUAGAUUAAAAAUCAAACGGUGUUUAAAAAGUGCACAGAAAAAUGACAGUGUAUUAAUCGCGUUUAUUCUCGCCAUAGACAAUUAAAUCAAUAGUAAUAUAAAAUAUCAUAAUGUCGUCGCGUACUGGUCAACGUGGUACAUCGGUGGCGACCAGUCAGAGGAAGUACCGCUCCCGGUCUGCCCCGCGGUACGACAUGGAGAAGAAGGCAAAGAAAAAGGAUUUACGCACAUCAGGGACUAACAGCCUGGUAUCGAUACCCAACAGCAUGAAACUCAUCAUGCUCAACAGUGGCCUCAUCUCAUUUGACCGAGUGACGUUUAGACCAGAGCUGGAUGAUAACGGAUCAAUAUCGGAAACAAUACCGGAUCGCCCAGUCGAGUUGAAGAACUUCCCGAAGCUUUGCGAGCAAAGAAGAAAAUUUCCAGUUCUUUACAAAUUAGAAUUUCAGAUGGCAGUGAAGGUGGAAACGCAUGCUUGUCGACAUGCAGCAAAGAAAACAAAUUUACAUAAAAAUCAAAACCAGAAAGUAUUACCUUACGAUUACAACAGAGUGGUACUGGAUACGGUGGACAGGGAACCAGAUUCUGAUUACAUCAACGCUUCCUACAUAGAUAGUAUAUUAAAGCCAAACGCGUACAUAGUAACCCAGGGGCCAACCGAGGAGACUGUGGUAGAUUUCUGGCGUAUGAUUUGGCAGGAACGUGCAGCUGCCAUUGUCAUGUUGACUAAAACUUUCGAUUUUAUAAAGGUCAUGUGUGUUCAGUACUGGCCACCAAAUAAAGAAAAAGACGAAACCUAUGGGGACAUCAGCGUUGGAAUCGUUCAAGAAGAAGAACUUGCCAACUUCCACAUUCGCACAUUCAGACUGUAUAAAAGUGAAAAGAAUGUUGUGGUUGAGGAGCGCUUCAUUCUGCAGUUUCAUUACACGCAGUGGCAUUCCCAUACCUGUCCCUUCAGCAACGCCCUACUUGAGUUCAGGCGCCGCGUCCGUGCCGUGGUGGGACGCCGGUUAGCGACUAACCCCGCCGCCGGACCAAUGGUGGUGCACUGCAAUGACGGCGGAGGACGAUCAGGCGUAUACUUAGCCAUAGAUGCUAAUCUAGAACUUGCAGAAGAAGAAGACAGCUUUGAUGUUUACGGAUAUUUAAAGAAGCUAAGAAAAUCUCGGAAGGGACUUAUAGAAAAUGAGGAACAAUACAAAUUUGUUUACGAUACAUUGGAGGAGCAUGUUGUUUGCGGAAUUUCAUGGUUUCCAGUUUCGGAACUUUCACAACGACUGAAGCAGAAAUCUCAAAGGGAUUCAGUCACUAAAUUGAAUGAAUACCAAAAAGAGUAUCAGCAGAUUUGCAAACAGACUCCUCGGUUCACGAUUGGCGACUGUGCCGGCGGACAUCGGGGAGACAACAGGGAGAAAAACCGAGAUGUCUUAGUCGUACCACCUGAUAAUUUUCGUCCGUACUUGACAUCCUUUCAGGGGAAUAGUUUCACAGAUUACAUCAACGCAGUAUUCGUAGACGGUUACACGAAGCCUCGUGAAUACAUAGUUACCGAAUGGCCAUUAAUAAGAACUCAAGGAGAGUUUUGGUCCUUAGUGUAUGAUUACGAAUGCGCGGCUGUUGUCGUAUUGUGUGUUCCUCCGAAAAAUUCGCAACAGUAUCCCCCGUUUUGGCCAGAAGGACGCCAUUCUAAGAAGUACGGUCCAGUGUUCACUAUCGACCAUGUUUCUCAUAAUCAUUACACCAACAUCAAAACCUGGAUAUUUAGAAUUAACAAAAAGAUAGUAUCGCUCACGGAGCUGAUGGCCGGUGUGAAGGCGCCGCCGAAGACCGUACAGUUGUUCCAACUGACAUGCUGGCCGAUGGGUCAUAAGGUGCCCUCCUCUACCAACUCGCUGGUCGAGCUCAUGAACAUGGUAGAGCGCUGGCGGCAGCGCACCGAUUACGGACCCGUCUGCGUUGUCUCGCCAGAUGGUAGGAGUCGCGCGGGGGUGUACUGCGCGGCGAACGCCUGCAUCGAACAAGUCAUUCAACACGGCGAAGUUGAUGUGUUCCAGGCCGUCAAAACUGUACGCCGACAUCGACCGCAACUCGUCGAGAACAUGACCGAAUACAAAUACUGCUAUGAUCUCGUGCUGCAUUACGUGCUGCAUUACUUAAAUAAGGACAUGAAUGAAAAAAAGUGAGAGUGUGAAUUAAAGG